AUGCAGCCAACUACGACCCAGAUGAUAAAAACAAUGCAGGAUAACUCUACCAAUACGACCUCAGUCGGUAGCUUGUCUCCCCCUGAUUACAUGUACGCUUACGUCACGAUUCUCAAUGUCAUCAUUUUCGCUGUCGGCGUCAUCGGUAACGUCAUGGUCUUGCUGGUGAUGGUGCGCAUGCGAAUCAUGAGGACGAGGGUGAACUACUUCUUGGCCAGUCUGAGUGUGGCGGAUCUCCUGGUGUUGGUCGUCUGCCAGCCCAUCGCCAUGUUGGUGUUCUACACGAGGGAGGUCUGGGUGCUGGGCAGUUUCAUGUGCAAGAUGGUACCAUUCCUGGAACACUGGACUCUCCAUGCUUCAGUGCUGACCCUGCUGUUGAUUGGGUUUGAUCGAUACUUCAUCCUGUGCCGGCCUCAGACUCAGAUCUGCCCGUCCCACACCUGUCUGCUUAUCAUACCUGCAUGGACCUUGUCGUGUUUCCUGGCCAUUCCAUUUAUUUUCCUGACCCACCUGAAUCUGGAGCAACAUCAGGAUGGCGCCAAAGAGGCGUGUCGCACCGAAGCCGGACAAACCCACUUCCGCAUCUUCAACGUCGUCACCUUCUUCAUCAUGUUCGUGGCUCCCCUCUUUCUCCUCCUCUUCCUCUACACCUCCGUCAUCACCACCCUCCGCCGGCUCAGCUGCACCGGCGACGUCUCCAUUUCCGGCAUCGUCAACUCCGACGAGUCCCGGAACGGCAUCCACCACGCCACGGCCAGAAACCGCCGCCAGGUGGCGCAGAUGAUGGUCGCCAUUGUCGUCUUGUUCUUCGUCUGCUUCAUGCCCUUCAAGAUCCUGACCAUGUGGCUGACCUUCGCCACCGACGAUGACCUCGCCUCCCUCGGGUUCGAGACCUACUACAACCUCCUGUCCUUCUCCCGAAUGGUGACCUACAUCAACAGCGCCGGAAAUCCGGUCAUCUACGCGUGGAUGUCGCCCAAGUUCCGGCGCGCCUUCAUGCUCUCGUUGCCUAGGUGCAGACGUCAUUCCAGUAAAAUAAGACACUAAAUGACGAAGGG